AUGGCAUACAAUCAACAAAAUUCAUAUUCAGAAGGCGACGAUGAUGGAGCAGAUAAUGAACGUGGAGAUCAAUUGGAGCAUAUCAUGUUGUCAUAUCAAUGGGAUAAUCAAAAAUUAGUUGAGAAAGUUUAUAAUUAUCUUACGCAGCACAGUAUUCCUGUUUGGAUGGAUAAAAAUGGCGGAAUGCAAGACAAUGUGUUUUUAAGUAUGUCCCAAGGUGUUCAACGUUGCUUUGCGUUGGUUUGUUUUUUAACUCCAGCUUAUCAAAAUUCGGCAAAUUGUAAAAAAGAAUUAACCUACGCAUUGGAUACAGAUACACCAGUGAUUCCUUGUAUUAUCGGAUCAAAAGAAGAAGGAAUCAAAUGGAAACCAUCAGAUUGGUUAGGGAUGUCGAUUUCCAAUUUAUUAUACAUUGAUUUCAGCCAAGUUGAUGAUAAAAAUUUUGAAAGUAAAUGUCAAGAACUUAUCCAAAGGCUUGUUCCAUAUCUUUCAUCUUAA